CUAUUUCGGUUUGCUCCGCGUUCUAGGCCGAGGCGACGUCGACGGCGGGGCUCAUUCCGCCUCACAGCGCUGAGGCGGCAAGGAGUAGGGGUGUUCGCUGCCGCCGGACUGACUGACUCCCUCCAGCCUCGCCUCAUGGAGCCCGGCGGCCUUGCCCCGCCGAGGCUCUCUCACCGCCGCCGCCUCCUCCUGCAGGACCAGCCGCGCUUACCCGCUCCGCAGGGUCUCGGAGGCCUCCCCGAACCCGCCGGCCUCGCUCGCAACGCCGACCGCCGGAGGAGCCUGGGCUGCAGCGGCUCAAGUGAAAAUUGUGUACAAACGUUGGAAGAGAAGAAUGUCAAUCUGCAAAGGACGUCAUCUUCUGAAUCUACAGAUUCAGGUUGCUGUAUGGAUUCUCCUACCCAGCUCGGCAUGAAAAACCUUGAUGAAAUUUUUAGAGUACCCAUGCGAAGAAUGCAUUCCCUCCCGCAGAGCCUUUUGGGAUGCAGUCCUGCUCUGAAGAGGAGCCACUUAGAUUUCCUCAGUUGUGAUGUCUUCCAGGAAUGUGGCCCUGAGGAGAACAAAGAGAAUGAGCCAUUUGAAUUCAAAAAGCCAACAAACCCUGCUUCUCGUACCUGUCUGCGUACCUCUUCCCUUGAAGAUGAAGGGUUGAGGCAGGAGCCCGCCACAACACUUUUGUUUCAUAGUGGAAAAGUUGACAACUAUCAAGAAAGCUUCAGUCCAGCAUUUCUGAGGCCGCUGUCUCGAGGGGCCUCGGAAACUGAGGAAGAUGACGAUGAUGAUGGAUUCUUAGAGAUAAUGGAUGGUCCAGAUGUCUGUAGUGAUGGUGAGAUGCCCUCUGAUGUGGCCAGCCUUUGGACAGCUCCUCUAGUCAUGAAGAAAGGGGAGGAUGCCCAUAAUAAACAGUGCAGGUUGCUGGGCAUGGAAGGCGAGCCAUACAGCAUGGCCAAAGCUGCCCUGAAGAGAACAGGGCUAUCCCCAGAAGAGAACUCUCCAUAUUUCAUCAAGAGGAAAAGAAACGUCUGCAAGGCAUCUCCUGAAGAACUAACGAGCCUGGUGCUGAUUGACCCAAACUCAUUGUUGUCCUCAACGGAAAUAGAGAGCAUUUUGGACAAUGACGCAAGGGAUCUUAUUGGAGAUUUUUCAAAGGGUUACCUUUUCCAUACUGUAGACGGGAAGCAUCAAGAUCUGAAGUAUAUUGACCCAGAAAUGAUUGUUGACGUGUUGAAUGGCAAGUUUUCAAACUUCAUUAAGGAGUGUGUGAUAAUUGACUGCCGAUAUCCCUAUGAAUAUGAAGGAGGCCACAUCAAGAGUGCUGUAAACCUUCACAUGGAAGAGGACGUGGAGGACUUUUUGCUGAAGAAGCCCAUCGUGUCAUCAGACGGCAAACGAGUCAUCAUCAUUUUCCACUGCGAGUUCUCUUCAGAGCGGGCCCCGCGAAUGUGCCGAUUUGUGAGGGAGAGAGACCGACUUGGCAACAGCUACCCCACUUUGCAUUAUCCUGAACUGUAUGUUCUAAAGGGGGGAUACAAGGAUUUCUUCUUAAAAUGCAAGAGCUACUGUGAGCCCCAAGCCUAUCGCCCGAUGCACCACGAAGACUUCAAGGAAGACCUGCGCAAAUGCCGCACGAAGAGCAGGACCUGGGCUGGUGAGAAGAGCAAAAGGGAACACUACAGUCGCCUGAAGAAGCUCUGAGAGCCGCAAGAAGGGCAGCCAGAUUUUGCCUGCCUGCCCUGUGAGUGAAAGCGGGGACACAUUAACUUCUCCAUGUGCCAUGCAGGAGUUGUUCACUCCUAGCAUGGGCUUUGCUUCACUGUCUACUGAAUCACUUCAUGCAAGACCAAGCGGAGUCCUUGGACCGUCAUAUUGCAGCCAUGAACCCUUCAAGCAUUUCCUUUCUGUCCGUGAAUCUAGGGUUCCCCCGUAUGCUUCUGAAGACAAUCCAUUUAAACAUUGUGUAUACAGGAAUCAGGGUAGCAUAUAACUGGCAAGCAGAGUGUUGAUCAUGAGAUUUUAAUGUCGAUUUUAAAAAUUGUGCCUUUUUAUGUUAGUACAGCCAGAUGAAGCUAAUAUACCUGUGACUGGGUUUCCCGGGUUGUGUCAUGGCCCUAAUUUUGUACGAGGGGCAAUGAGCAGGGAGGUUUCUUUUGAGACCUGACCCCACCCUCUGAGCCACAGCUCUGAUCUUGCCAGCAUUCUCUUACCACACAGGAGUACAUGUGGCGGAGGGGUGUUGGAAGUAUUUUCGUGGAACUUGCAUAGGCUUCCUGUAAUGAAGUAUUUAUCUGCUGCCAAAGAGGAAGCUGUUUUAUCAUGUUCUAACUUAUUCUUCAACCUUGUCGUCACCUUAAAGUUAGUUGCUUUUUAAUGCGUAGAUGUGACAUUUUACAUGUGCUGUAGUGUUUCAGGCGACGCCUGGAGUGACCCUGGUGCCAAAACAGCUUGUCAGUGUUCAAAUGCAAACUACCACCCCUGCAUAUGUACAAUCACACACCCUGUGUGUUCGGCUGUGAUUGUGGCAUACUCCUAGGGCAGCCUCAACCUCAUGCCCUCCAGAUAUUUUGGGACAGGUGACUGUUACAGUUCAAAACAUCUGGUGGGCACCAGGUGGGCGAAAGCUGACUUAGAAGGUAAAUCUGGCCUGGAUAGAUCAUGCUGUGUGUUUCUCCUUCCCCCAUUUAUCCCCAACAGAGGUUUGCUAACCCUUUUAAAGAAUUUGGCUCCCAUGAUGGACCGAGUCUUCAUCCACCCAGUGAGGAAUCAAUGGCUUUCCUCUUUUAGUGCGUAAGUUACACGGCUGUUUGAGGAGUGUUGGCCAAAACAAAUUCCAAGCUGCCUUAAUUUUCUCCAGCUAUCAGUGUAAACCCUGGGGGCAGAAGGAGCUGCAGUAGCUCAGAGACUAUGAUGUACCUGGCCAGAAAGUAUUACAAGCCAGCUUACUUCUAAACAUUUGGGGUAGAACAGGUGUUUUUUUAGGGGCAAUUACUAUUGCAAGCUAUACUUUUCCGUAAUUGUGUUUUGGUCUUUGAAACAAGCCUUCAAAUGUAAGAAAUCAGUCAGUGGCUAAACUCAACCACGAGGCUGGGACGUUUUCUGCUUCAUAUUUGUGCAGAUGUUUGGUUUUUGGCGGUGUUGUUCCAUAUGCUCAAACCCUCUGAGCUGUGAUGCAAUUCCGUGUCUGCAUCACAUCUGAAAUACCACCCCCUAGUUAGUUUACUCUUGUUAAUUGGCCUCUGUGCAGGUGAUUAGCAGGUACCUCCAAACCAGGGUGGGAUUAGGAGGCUGACUUCAAUGCAAGCCAGUCCUUCCAUUCUGUGGUGAGGAAGGCUGCAGUCUUCAAUCCGAGGUGGUGCUUGAAUGGGGUGAAUUGCCGCAGUGGACAUCCAGGCUUUUGCCCUUUCUGUGACAGGGACCAGCAGUCUGCCAGACCAUUCUACUGUUUCCUUGCUGGCUGCUUCCUGUGAACAUUCCCAAAAGUGUUUAUUCCACCUCCCCAAAGCAGACUUCCUGGUAUUUGGAUAUGUAUUGUUUGUUCAAGUUGCUGUUUGUCUUUUUAAUUUGACAUUUGCACAUAAUUCAUUUAAGGGUAGGAAAAACAGUGUGCUUUUUAAUGUAUUGUGAAUUUUUUUUUUUGGAAGGGUGACGGGGACAUUUUAAAUGACACUGGUCCUAAUAAGGGCCUUGGCUGAAACCACCUGCUUCUGUGGCCUCGGGAAAUAAAAUGCCCAAUAC